AUGAAUUUUUUCCACGAUAGUGGUGAUUUGAAAAGUGGAGAGAACGUCAGAAAUAAUUUACAACCGUCUUACACAUCUAGUGGAUUUUUUCAGGAAGACAGGCUUAUUAAUUUUAAAACUAAAUUAACAGAUUUAACUGAUGAUAUUUCUCGAGAUUCUGCUCUAAGGGCUGAAUCACGUGAAUUUGAACCUGUAUCUCUCCAGAGUCAAAAUGCUGAUUCUGAAGCUCUAAAUUGCAUCAAAGAGAUUUUGGAUCUUUUGUAUAAAAUUUGUGAAGGCCCAAAUGAUAAAAUCGAUCCACUUAAAAACUCGAAUAAACUUGGCGAAUCUGUAAAAUUGGGUAAUUUCAGGGAAUGUUGUAGGAAUAAGAAUGAAAAUAAUUUAAACAAACUUCUAUCACUUAGACUUAAUCAAAUAAGUAAACUAAAGGAACACUGCAUUAAUGGUGAUUUUGAGUUAAGUCGUAAAACAGAUACUCAGAGGACUCCUAAGGUUAAAAGUUUAAAUGGAAGAGGAUACCUCAGCAAGCCUGUUAUAAAUGUUUCAGAGUCUAGGAGUGAUUUCUGGCUUUUAACACUCUGUUCAAAGUCUCUUAGGUGGAAAAGCAGUAACGAUAAUAUUGGCGAUAUUUACUGGCUUGGUUACUCAGUCACAUCUAAACAACUUGGCGAAAUAAUUUCCAAUAAUAAACGUAUAUUUCAUUCUAAAAUCGCAGUUAACAGGUUUCCCGGAAUUCAGGAAAUUACUAAAAAAGGUAAUUUCUACCACUUAUUAGAGGUUUAUUCAACCCACAAACUAUUGAAUUUUACUCAAAAUACCGCUACUGAUACCGCUAAUAAUUCUUUUAAUAAUGCUAAUUACCUAGCUGAUGAUACUAAUGUAAGAUAUUGGCCAAGGAAUUUUAUGUUACCGGAUAAUCUAAACAAAGUGUUAAAGUUAGUUGAGAAGAAUGUUCCUUUGAUAUUUAAGCCCUCAAAUGGUUCAAUGGGUCAGGGUGUUAGGGUCGUUACAGUGCCUGAGGACAUUAAUGAGGAGAUGCUGGUGGAUUAUACUGCUCAAGAGUACGUCUCAAUCCCUCUUUUAAUAAAGGGUAAAAAAUUCGACAUUCGUCUGUACCUAUUAUUGAUUGCCACUAAGUGUGAUAAUACUAAUUCCCCAGGGAUUAAGGGGUUUAUUUUUAAGAAUUCACUGGUUAGAUUCUGCACAGAAAACUAUGAAUACCCCUCAGUUAAUAAUAGUAAUAACAGUUUCAUGCACCUAACUAACUAUAACAUAAACAAGGCAAAUGUUACCAAGUAUCACAGAGGAGAUCCGGAUGAUCAAAAUAACAGUAAAAGGCCCUUGAAACCAUUCUUAAAAACUCUUGAGUUGGAGGGAUAUAAUACAGAAAACAUCUGGUCACAAAUUACCAAUAUCAGUUCAAUUACCAUUCAAACCAUUUACCCGGACAUAUAUCUAAACACUCGAAUUAGUAAAGUGGAUAACUUUCAAAUAUUUGGGUUAGAUGUUAUGAUUGACGUCUAUGGUCGUGUUUGGCUUUUGGAAGUUAACUGUUGUCCAAGUUUGAAAACUAGUUAUUUUGACGGAAAAGAGUUUCGAGAGGACGCGGUAGACUUGAUGAUAAAAGUCCCUCUCAUCACAGAGGCUCUUAAAAUUGUUAAUAUAACCUUAAAUGGGUAUUCAGGUCAUGAUAAUAAUUUUUACAGCAAGUUUGAAGACUGGGAUGAAAUUAGUAUCAGUGAAUUUAGACCUGAAUUAACAUUAAUAAUGCAAUUGUUUAAAAGAGCAAAAGGGGAAAUUUUGGAAAAAAAGUAUAUAACCAAAAGGGAGUGGAAUCAAUUUUGCAAAUUAUCAGGAAUCACAGAGAUCAUCACAGUUAUUACCAUUAACACUCAGAAUACUAUUGGUAAUAUUGAUAAUAAUGAUAACAUUGAAGAUAUGGUUAAAAAAAGUAAAAUAGAAGGUAAAAAAGAACUAAAUAAGAUGUUUGGUGAGGUGGUAAAGGAUAGUCAGGGUGUGUGUUUUGCUGAUUUUGCAGUUCUUCUGGGAAGGUGUUCAAAGAUUAUUGAAAAAUGGAUAAAUAUAAGUGAUAGUGAGACAAUCUCAACUAUUUGUAAAAGGAACAAUUUUUUAAAUCCUCUUGAGAUUUUCAGGUGGAGUAUUUCCAAGCCUCACAACUCAAUAAAUUACCCAGAAACUUACGUUUUCUCAAAGUUUUUACACUUCUUAAAUGAUACACUCAGUUUAAGUCUUAGUAAGUUGGUUUAA